AUGAGUACAGAAGUUCACUGUGUUUGGGACUUACUGAGCCCGUUGCUUAAUGGAGAAAAUGGUAGAGAUGUUUUAAAAGUCUUGCUUGCUAACGUUUUAAGAGUCUCAUUAAAAGUUCUAUGUAAUCUCUACUUUGCUUUCUGCAUCUUAGAUGACCAAAAGGUUUUUACUCAACUUUCCGUUCACAAUGCACAAGUCCUGUCCCAGUUAAAAUCGUAUUUACUUCAUCUGCGUUGUAUACGUUUACUAUUGCACGAAAGUGUUAUGUGAAAUUUCACAGUUUAAUAUGGCCUUAUUUCUACAGGGCCAGAAGGUAAGAUGAAAACCGUUUUAGCCUAAAUAUUACAUCUCUGUACAUUAGUUAGAUAUGUAUAAGUAUCUGUACUUAGGAAGCCGUGAAACUCGUUCAUACUGGACAGUUGGUAAUAAAUACUAAAUCCUUAAUUAUGACUGAAUUACAGUAAACAUAACCUUAUCCUAGAUAAUUUGCAUAUUUGAAAAGUCGUAAAUUACCGUGCCAGCCAAUACAGUGAAAACAUUAAGACUUGGAUUUUGCCCUGAGGGUGUAUUCUCCAACUUUGCAAACAUCAUCUUCAAUGCCUACAACUUAAUGAAGAGAAAUAAUCUUAGUACCAGAAAAAUAGGUUGAACAAGUCAGAAAAGUAAUGAUACCAAUGCCUUCGAGUAUAGUAAAUAUAUUCUUCUAUGAAGAUCUUAAAUGGUGAAGAAACUAGUUAAGA